AAAUUUCUAUAUUAGUUUCAUUGUGUGCGGGGGUGGCGGUUUGUGUGUUUUUAAAAGCACGUAUAUUGCACAACUUUAGUUAUUUUAUCAGUAACCCAUGUAGGCUAGUAGUAGCAUUAAAGUAUUUUAGUGUAUAUUUUAUAUUGGGCAAAGUGGAAGUACAUGUAGUACUGCCUUCUUCUAAAGUGCUGUCUUUGUUAUAUGACCUUUUGACUCUUUUGAAUUCGAUUACAAGUAAAAAAAAAAAGUAAUAAAUACAAGUGUAGAGAAAGUGUUGUCACGUAUUCCGCCAAGUAAAUUUCAUUUGACCACUACAGCUAGCAAAAGCUAGCCUUUAGCACUUCCUGGAGAGCCGCCAUGUUGUGUGUGGGAUCAGGUACUCUGGAGGGAAAAAAACCGAAUUGUUAUAAAUAAAAUACACAAAUAUCUAAAUUGUUGAAAACUAUUAUUUUUCUCGUUUCGAGUGAUGUAAAUGUGUUUUGGUAUAAAUGUUUCAUUUUGAGCAAAGGAUAUUCAUGAAUUGAACGUUAUUUACGCAUGCUUUGCGGACUUGCACGGAUGGAGCUGCGUUGACAUUGGUAAGAAAAAUGAAUAAACUUUGGAUGUUGGUAAUGUUAGGGGUAGUUUAAAGUCAUUUGUCUUUUAAAACUUAUAUCUGUCCUUGGCUGGACGUAAUAUUUAGCUCUCGAAUGUGGUGCAGGCAGGUGGGUAGACUGUAGCCUACUGGGGACGGGAGGAGCUGCUGCUUAAAGCAUCACGCGUGUCGGUGAUGUGUAUGAGAGAAGCUGCAUCACCAUCAUCAUCAUCAUCAUCAUCAUCCUGCUCCAGCUCCACCCCAUCUUCUCCAGCAUCCUCCCUUUCCCGACUCCCCCUGGCCGAGGACGUGUCCCGGCAGCCCGGGCUGUGUGAGGCGGCGUCCCCAUCGCUCAAGUCUCCGAGGGGGCAUCCGUCAUCGCCCGUUACCUACACUCACACGCCCUCAGCAUCCGUGUUUCUUACAAGACCGCUCGCUACCAGGAAUACACCUCUCGGGUUGGAACCCUCUGCUUCGCCUGCGUCCCCUUGUCCCUCCCGCCGCCAUCCGUCCUCCACGCCCGUUAACGCCACUGCACCACUCUCUCAGAGGAAGCGGCCGGUAAAAGCAGGCAAGCUGUCUCUUCUCCCCAGGAAAGUGUCUCCCUGCUGGGCCGCUGGUCUCCCGCUGCGCCUCUGGAGGAUGAUCCUGUGGAUGAAAACCGAGGAGAUGGACGUGGGGGAGCUGCUAGAGCGGCUGAGGACGGUUAGCAGGAGUAUAGAUGAGAUCAUGCAAUUGGACAGCAGCCCUCUCCGUGCUGCUGACAUCACUCCUGAACUCAGGAGGCAGUUCGCUUUUCUUUCAGGAGGAAGAGGAGACAACGGCAGCCCCGUCAUUGUGUUCCCAGAGUUCCCGUCCUUCGGCGAGAUCACGGACAGAGAGUUUCACAAUGUCCUCACCUACCUGACAAGUGUACCCAGUUUGCCAUCAACAGACGUGGGCUUCAUCCUCGUCAUCGAUCGCCGGCAGGACCGAUGGGCGGCCGUCAAAGGGACCCUGCUUCGGAUCGCGGGCGCGUUCCCUGGAAACCUUCAACUGGUUCUGGUCCUGAGGCCCACCACUCUCCUCCAGCGCACACUCUCUGACAUCCUAUUUAAGUUCAACAAGGAUGAGUUCAAAAUGAAAGUGCCUGUGAUCAUGCUGAGCUCGGUGAGUGAGCUUCACUCGUACAUCGACCACACACAGCUGAGCCGGGAACUCGGUGGAACGCAGGCAUACUGUCAUGAGAAGUGGAUCACUCAACGCAUCGCUAUCGAGGGCUUUGCCUUGAUGGUGAAGAAGAUGGCCCAGGCCCUGCAGUCGUUUGGCGCUGAGCUGGCUGAAACAGAACUCCCCGGUGAGACGCAGGCCACCGGCCUCCUCCUCAGUGCACACGGCAGCAAGAAAGACAAGAUGAAGGAUGAUCUGCUGGUGGCUCUGAAGCAAGGUAGCAGGUUGUUGGAGAGCAUCAAUGAACCUUUGAUGCACAACCCUGACCACAGCAUGAACCAGGACGAACUGGAGAACCUGGCAACAGUGCAGAGACUGCUGUCUCAGUUGGACGAGACGGAAAGGGCUUUUGACGAGUUCUGGGGGAAGCACCGUGUCAAACUGGAGCAGUGUCUCCAGCUGCGCCACUUCGAGGACGACUAUAAGGAGGUCAGGCUUCUGCUGGAUCAGCUGUCUGAGAAACUGGCCACCUUUUCCGAGGUGGGGAUCAGUCCCGCUCAUGCCGACCAUAUCCUCAAUGAUCUCAACGCCUAUGAGGAGAGAGUCUGUGAGGUACUGGACAGAGCUUUGGCUUUGGCCCAUGAAGGUGAUGACCUCAUCCAAAAGGCUCACUACGCUCAGGAUUCCAUUGUGUCGAAAACCAGUGAGCUACGGACACUCUGCCAGGAAUUGAGCAACAACCUGAGGGCAAAAAAAGAGCUGCUCCUCAAAGCCCGAGAACUGCAUCGCUGCUUGGAGAGGGCUUCAAAGUGGUGCGAUGAUGGCAUUUUCCUGCUGGCCUCCCAGCCCGUGGACAAGUGUCAAUCACAUGAGGGGGCGGAGUCAGCCCUGCAGGAGUUGGAGGGGUUCCUGGCGGACGCAGGCCAGGACCGACUGUCGGACUUGAGUAGCACCUUUUCAAAUUAUGAGGCAGUGCUUGACCAGCAGCUCAGGGACCAAGUGGAAAGGGUGUUGCAAAAGCAAGCAUCCAUGCAGGAGAUGUUUGACAAGCGGAGGGUCAGUCUGAACAAGCUGGCAGCCAAGCAGACCAGGCCAGUGCAGCCGGUCGCUCCCAGACCUGAAGCCUUCAUCAAAUCUCCUCUCAGCUCACCUGCGCACAAAGGUAAACUGGAUAGAAGCCACUCCGAGGGAAACAAUGCAAGCUACGACAAAGGAGACCAGCGGCAGAUUGGAGAGGGUAAACGCAGACACGGUUCUCUGUCGGAAGAAGAGGAGAACUUGGCUGUGCUCAGGAGGCACGUCAUGAACGAGCUGCUGGAAACGGAGAGGGCUUAUGUGGAGGAACUGCUGUGUGUCCUCCAGGGGUAUGCCUCCGAGAUGGAUAACGCUGCAAUGGCGCACCUCAUCCCUGCCCAUUUGCAGAACAAAAAGGAGGUUUUGUUUGGCAACAUGCCAGAAAUCUACCACUUCCACAAGAGGACAUUUCUGAGGGAGUUGGAGCUAUAUGCAGACUGUCCAGAACUAGUUGGGAGAUGUUUCCUGCAAAGGAUGACAGACCUGCAGAUCUACGAGAAGUACUGUCACAACAAGCCUCGCUCUGAAAGCCUCUGGAGGCAGUGCUCCGACUGCGUCUUCUUCCAGGAGUGUCAGAAAAAGCUGGAGCACAAACUUGGCUUGGAUUCCUAUUUGCUGAAGCCUGUGCAGAGAAUCACCAAAUACCAGCUUCUGUUGAAGGAAAUGCUUAAGUACAGUAAAGGCUGCGAAGGUACAGAGGACCUGCAAGAGGCUCUAACCUCCAUCCUGGGCAUCCUCAAAGCCGUCAAUGACUCCAUGCACCUCAUCGCCAUUACAGGAUAUGAGGGCAACCUGAGCGAGCUGGGCAAGCUGCUAAUGCAGGGCUCGUUCAGUGUGUGGACGGAACACAAGAAAGGCCACGCCAAGGUCAAGGACCUGGCCCGCUUCAAGCCCAUGCAGAGACACAUCUUCCUGCACGAGAGGGCCCUUCUCUUCUGUAAGCGGAGGGAGGAGAGCGGGGAGGGCUACGAGAAGGCUCCCUCCUACAGCUUCAAGCAGUCACUCAGCAUGAACGCUGUGGGCAUUACCGAAAAUGCUAAGGGAGACAACAAGAAGUUUGAGAUCUGGUGUAACUCCAGAGAAGAGGUCUACAUUGUGCAGGCACCAACAGCUGACGUGAAAACCACCUGGGUGAAGGAGAUAAGGAAGGUUUUGACAACUCAGCUGGAAGCAUGCAGAGAAGCAAGUCAGCAGAGGGCGCCAGAUCAGGUUGUCCAAUGUCCGCCAGCGGCAGGAGGACCAGAGAAUCAAAGCAGCAGCCCAUUCAAGGUGGGCCAGAGGAGUUUGAAAAAGGGAGACGAGAGGAAAGCAGAGCACUGCAGCCUCGAUGCCAAUUCGUCUCCUUUGCCAAAGUCAGCGGGCAAAGAGAGAGCCACAAGCCCUACCUCAGACAGAAGCGCCGCAGCUAAAAAACGCUUUACUUUACAGGGCUUCAGUAACCUCAAAGCUCAGAAAGAACCGCCGAGCGCAGAUGAUAAAAGUUUCACCUUGCCCAUCACCAUUCUGCUGUGUCCAGGAUCCGCGACGAGCCCCGAUCACAGGACCAAGCGCCAGAGCGACCCGACGCCGUUGGGCUUUCAAGGCUGGAACAAGGCCUCCCUCUCGAUGGACGCGUCGGAGGAACACGAAGGCUACUCCAGCGGUGAGGAUCCUCUCAACUCUGACCCAGAGGACGACAAUGCCAGGAAGCUGUGCGCUGGUAAAUACACGGCGACGGGCGACUACGAGAAGGCUUCCGCUCAAGAGGUGGCGGUGAAAAUGGGAGACACGGUGCAGCUGGUGAAGGAGGGCGAGGACGGACAGUGGUUAGUGCGUAACCUGAACACCUGCGCAGAGGGCUGGAUGCCCACGGCUCAUUUGGUCACCCUCGUCUCCAAGUCCAAGUCGUGCCAGUCGCUCACCAGCUCAGAAGGCAGCGGAUCAGGACACCUCAGCACAUCAUCCAGUUGCAGCGAAACCUGCACGCCUUUUACCGACGUCAAAUCUUGAGCUGACCGGCACUUGCCUCGUGCGUAGCCACGCCACUCCCUCCCUCUGUGCUGUCUAUGUUAACAUUUGGACUUACCAUUCAAACCAGCGUAUUUUCAGUCAUCCACACAAAAGCAUCCUGCGCCCUUGACGGGAGAAGAAUAGUUUAUUUGAAUGACACGACGGUGUUACAGAUGUAACGGGCCAGCAGGACUGAUCUCAGUUAAUAUGUCCGUCAUGGAUGUGAACUAAUAAUUCCACUGUGAGAGCACAUUUACAAGAUGGACAAUUACAUGCAGCUAAUUUAGCUGCUGUGUUACAUAUUUAUUUAUAAGAAAUGCAAGAAAUACACAAAUGUCACUUUUGUCACUUUAACUUCCAAUAUCAUAUUUUUUUACUACUUGUCUGUCCUUCGCUGUCAUUAGAAUAUUUUUCCACCAUGUUUGAGUUGCAUGUACAACACAAUCUACAAAGUGAAAAUGUGUAUAAUCAGAGGUGACUUGUAUAGCGCUAACUUAUUCCCUUCAUCUCUGGAUGUAGAUAUUGUUCAUUAAUGGCUGUCAUGAGAUGUUUAUUAUUGGAGCUGCUAUAUUGUACAUUAUGUAUGGUGAUUUCACUGCCCUGUGACUUUUUUUUGUACUAUAAAAAAAAACAACUUGAUGAUAAUAAGCUCAUGUUUUGUUGUUUUUGUGUGUGA